CACAUACAUACGUACAUACAUAUUUGUUUACGUUAGCUACAUGGACAUAAGUACCCCAGUUUAAGGGUUAUUAACUACAAUCGAAUUCGCAGUGUUAUUUGGAGCAGCAGUUCCCUGCCACACCUGUUUAUGUAUUUAUUUCGAAUUUUCUGAAACAGAUCACUUCCCAGCCUAUAACUCAAAAAGAAAAAGGAGCAAACUUAAGGCUUCAACAUGGAGCUGGAAUGCGAUCUGAGCGCAAUCCAAAAUGAGGACUUGCUGCGGCGCAUGUGGCAGCAAACACCGGACAUCGAUCAAAAGAAGGAAAUUCGUUCUCACUUAUAUAAAUUGCGUGAAUCGCGUUUACGUGACUUAUAUCAAGGCGAAAUCAUGGCUGGCAACUACGCUAAAGAUCCGUUGAACUCGUCGCACGGCGAUUCUUUGGUGGGUCAAAAUUUUCAAAGCUUGAAAUCAAAAGAAGUACGAGAUUCAGUGAGUCCCAUAAAUGAUUUGAAGUUCCACUCCAUGACCCUGAAUCAUCCCAAUACAACUGGUUGGGACGUGCAAACUUCGUCCGAGGUGAGUCCAGAUGGACGCGCAUAUCGUACCGAAACCUUGGCUACUACAGAUGGCGUUGAAAAGAUUAAUGGAGGCACCGCUGAAUUCCGCGGCCGAAACGAGCAACGCGCAAGUGCUUCCCAUCAAGGGGACGAUAAGAACUUCGUUAAGAAGGCAUCGGAAAGCUCUAAUACUCACUUGCAAGAGCGUGUAGUGGUUGGCGAUGAGAAUUCCGGUCGCACUGAAAUGAAAACUAGCUCGACUACAACAUCAUCCUCAUCGCAGGUGACAUCUUCGUCAUCCACUAUCGAAUAUGGUGGUGCUGAUCCAAAUGAUGGUCGAUAUCUUAUGGAUAAUACUCAGCGACAACAUCAAGAUCAUCAACGACUCACCCAAGAUCAAUAUAAUCAGCAGAUUCGGCGACAACAACAAUUACAGCAGCAAGAAUAUGAACAAAACAUACAACACCAACACCAACAACAACAGCAUCAGCAACGUGUCCAGCAACAACAUCAGGAAUUCAAUAGUAAUCGUCAAGAAUCGUCUACAAGCCGUAACGUUGAGACUCAACAGACGAAGGAGCAGAAUAGACGUGUUGUAGAUAUGGAUAAGGCUUCGCCUGAAUAUCAGCAACAUGUCCAGUAUCUUAUGGCACAACCUGGUGAGAUUAUCUCGAACACGGUUGAGUAUCCGAAACCGAAUGUUAAGAUGAUCACUACCGUUAAACGUUUGCCUGAUGGUACUAUCGUCAAGAAUAAACGUUACGAGACGGAAGAGUUACGUCCUACAGCGGAUACCCAACGUCAACGUACGACUUCUACUACGAGCCAGAGCAGCACUCAACAUAGAAACGAACAACAAAGACGUGAGCAGACAGAAGAUAAUGUAUACAAUCGUCAACAAAACGUGCGCAAUAAUGUAUAUUCGAAUAAUACUCCAAGACGACCUGAACAUGAUGUCGUCGAUAACGCCGAACCCUUCUUGCGCAAACCCAAUCCGCAAGAGUUAGCAGUUUCACAUCCGGCCGACCGUUUUGUGGAUGAAACCACCAACGUUGAAACUAAAUUUUCAUCGGUGAAGAAAUCAAGCCGUAAAUUCUCCACUGAAACGACAUCAGAAACUAUUGAGGAGUUUUCGGAUCAACCACCCUCUUCACAAGCUCCUGGUAUCAGAGGUAAACCGCCGAGUGGUCAUUCACCUAACAAGGAUUUUUCUACCCAUGGAUUUCCUUCAGUGAAGCCGAAUAAGCCCACUCAAGAAUAUCCUUCUGAACGUCCACAUACCGGCUCACAACCUGAUUUUAGUACUCAUGGGUUUCCUUCGGUGAAAUCAAAUAAACCAACACAAGAAUACCCAAGCGACCGUCCACGUCCUUCUGAGGUGGAGCGUAUAACACAACGAACUGUGACCCCCACAAACAAACCUAACACAGAUGCACCACAUGGGUUUCCCGCAGUAAGACCAAACACAAAUAUUACUACAACCAAAGAUGGUGAUGUGAUAAUUGUAAGUUCUGAAUCUACGCGUAGUUCAAAAUAUAAGACCAAUGCAGAGCGUAUUAUCGAAACUGAAGUAGUAGUUGAUGGAGAUUCUAAUGUUCGUCCUGAAAGUUAUCCUAACCGUGGGUUUCCCGCAGUAAACGAACCAUCAACGGGAGGUAGGGAUUCGCCAAGAUAUGGUGCUCCCAUUAAGGAGUAUCCGAGUAGUCCAAUAAAACAAUCGCCGGAUUACUCCACAAGCGGAUUUCCAUCUACGAGAGAUGUGGCUAGACCGCAUUCAGGACAGCCUGUACCUUCAAGAAUCAUUGACCAAGAUGGAAAUGUAACAGUAGUGAGCUCGGAAUCAAAAAAAGUGAUUAAACAUAAUACAAACAGGGAGCAUAUUAUUGAAACAGAAAUUGCUGGCGAUUAUGACCAUCAUACACCGUCAGGCUUACGUCAACCCGACAAAAUUACAUUUCCACCUACCCCUCAACCAGGGGAUUUUAGCACACAUGGAUUCCCAUCGGUAAGAGACUCUGCCCCCACCAAUGAUGCAUAUCGUCCACAAGGUACACCUACACGUGAUUAUCCAAGUAGUCCUCGAAAGGCACAACCAUCCGAAGAUUUUUCGACACACGGUUUUCCCUCUGUUAGGGAGUCGGCACCUGUUAGAGGAAGUACACCAUCUCGAGACUACCCGAGCAGCCCAGGUCAACAUCAACCAAAAGAAGAUUUUUCUACACAUGGUUUCCCAUCUGUAAGAAGUCCCAACAAAUCUGCACCGGAUUUCUCAACACCGUCAGGUGGCUUCCCAUCAACUAGGGAUACUAACGCUCCCAAGCUUACGCCAACUCAACCACAAAGAAUACAACCGAAUUCAACACCCACAAGAAAACCCACGAGUACGACAGACUCUUCUCAACGUCUGAUUUCGAAGGAGAGGGAUGUCGACGCCACCCAUCGUGCCUUUGCCGCUUCCCUUCGAUGUUCAUCUCCAGUGGAUAGUCCAGACCAUCAUCGGACCACUCCGCGUUCCAGCGUUUCAUCGACUAGGACAUUCCGACGAGAUGGCCGAGAAGGUUCCCAUGACAGCGAAACAAGUCGCAUCAGUUCGGGCACAGUUACGCGUUCUUCGCCAAGUAAGAGUGUUGGUAAAACUGUCGUUACAAAGCAAACUGUUGUUAAAACUCGUAACGUGAAUGGUUCUAACGAAACAAUUGAUUUAACACCCCAGCAGCGCCCCACAAAGUCGCCGUCUCCCACAAAGACCAUCACAACGACCACCACACGCACCACAACAACUAGAAAGAGUCCAGGAGAAGUGCCAAAACCAGAUAAUCAAAAAUCUAAGCCAGCCGAAAACACAUUUCCUAUUAUUAACGAACCACUAACCAUCACAAAAACCCACUUUACCGCAAAUGACGCCAGCUUCCUCGGCAACGAGGUGGUCGAGGAGCCAUGCUUAAAAAAACACUUUUACAAACUCGGUCCGUCCGACAAAGCAACAACAAACAAUGUUGACGAGAAGUCACCAUAUUCACCAGCACCAAGUAAUAACAUACAUCGCACUCAUCCCAAACCAAAAUCCCAAGUUCGGGAUGAUUUCGAAGAUGUUAACCACGAAGAGCCCAUCCAUAAACAACCACUAAGUUCAUCCGUAAUCGAACCUAAACAACGUAAUCGUUCACCAUCAGGACCACUUCCAAGUAGUAGUCCGCAAACCAUUUGUCAACCAAACAGAAAAGAACCUAGUGUUGAGCGUAGGACUGUUGUGAGAGAAAGUGAAUUUGAAAACACAGAUUGGCAAAAUACAAUUCUAGAUUCGAACGAACGACCCUAUCCUGUAAAGGAUGGAUCUUCAAAAUCGCGAGAAAACCGUCCUACAGAUGAUUAUAUAAAAGAAACACCAGUUGAUACGUCUGAUUUUCCGGUCAUUAGAGAAGAAACUAUUAAACGACCAGAUCAAAAUAGACAGAAGGAGAUUUUGACUAUUAAAGGUACGAGAAAUGAAAAACUGCGAUCUAAUGAAGACAAAUUUGUAACAAUUGAGUAUGAUGUAAGAAAGCCGAAUGGUAAAGAGCCUUCUGGACCGGUCGGCAAAAAAUCUACUUCGGGGAAACCAUUAGAUUCAACAGACAGGGGACCUAACGAAAGCAAACCACUUGAACCUUCAAAACGAAGACCAUCUGAUAAACAUCCCACUGAAUAUACGGAUAAACCUAAAAGUCCAAUUCGAAAAACUUCCGAUAUUACCUCUUCAAAUAAAUUCGAAACCUCCGUAAUAACAAAAACUACACGGAAGGAAAAUUCAUAUGUUAUUGACGAUGAUAUCGAACCACAUCAAAGUAUUCCAAAACAGCCAACUGAGAAGAAACCUAGUGAUACAGGAAAACUAAAACCGAACGGCGUUGAUCGCAGUCCGACUAGAAAACCAACGAACUCAAAAACUCUCUCAAAUAUAACUUUGAAAUCGGUCUGUAAAGAAAACGAUGAACCUGUGGAUAAAAGACCAACGGGUGAAUCCCCAAAAGAACCUGCUUUUAAGAGACCAACGGGCAAGAAACCUGAACCUAGUCCCACACGAAAACCGGAGAAAGAUACUCCAAUUACUUCCGAAGACAAUGUAUUCAAAACCAGUACUAUUACUACUACGGUCACGAAAACUCGCAAAGACAACAUUUCUCCUACCAGAACCAGCAAACCCAAGGAUAAAAUUCCUGAGGAAGAUAGACCAACAAAAUUGUCGCAACCAAAGCCGACAUAUACUAACACUAUAAAGCACGAACCUCGCGAUGAGUACCCCGCACCUAUUGAGAACAGACCAACAAAGAAAAUACCAACUAAGGAAAAUCUUAAAUCAACAGAAAUUAGAGUUACUAAAACGCAAGUGGUAGCAUCUACCGAUAAAUAUCAGCCUGGUCCAAAAGUAACAAAACCACUUACUAGAGAACCUUCCAAUCCAGAAUAUGAUGAUGACGUAAGCGAGAGUGAACGUGAACCAAGUAAUCCCAUCAGGACGGCACCAUCUGAGCCUGAAAAAGUCACACAGUCAAAUAAACCGCAUAAUACUCAAGAAGGAGAAGACUUCUCGGACACUGAGAGCACAAGCUCUUCAUUUAUAACGACAAUAAUUAAAAAGGUACGCACAGAUGAACCAAAAACAACUCAACAAACGAUUACCGAUGAGACGACAAAAGUUCAAGAGCUUUUCAAUAAAACCGACAAGACGAAACUAACUAAAAAUGUAAAUGAAGAAUUCAUAACUUUCGAACAACAGAUGCGGGAAAGAAUUCCAGUUGAUGAUACUCCUACAACUAAAACAGAAUUACGAAAUAAGGAAGCGAAGAAACUAAUUUCUGAACCAAUAGAUAAGUAUUCGAAACCCAAUGAUACAGACAAUGAUGAGCAAUCCUUUACUGAUGCAAAUACUUUGAAAAUAAGUUCAGUUACAACAACUUUAAGAACCGUUGCUCAAGACAAGUCGCAUUCCCCCGAAUACCAACACAGUGAUAGGGAACCCAAACUUGUGCAGCCAUCUGUUGUGGGCUUGAGUGACGACGAUGAGGUCCCACAGCAAACAAUUGAAUCGACUACAAUUAUUAGUACAAACAAGAAUACACGCAAAGAUAAUUCACCGAAUUUCACAGAUGGUGGAAAACCCAAAUCUGAUGCUCCUUGUGCCAAGAAGCCUACUGAGGGGAAAAAUAAGCCAAUUUUGCCGGAUCAUAGCACUAAGGAUCACAUUCCGUCACCAACACCAACUGAUCAAACUUUUGACACUAUUAUUUCGACUACCACUACUAAAAUUUCCAAAAACUUACCUGGCGAAAAAACAACAGCAAAGCCUCGAGAGCCUUUCGAUAAACUUGUGCAAACCACUUUCGAUGAAACUAAAAAAGUUGAGGAACUCUUUAAUACUAAUAAAUUGGCUCAUACAAAAAAUACUAUUGAAGAAUUUAUUACUAUUGAAAGGCAAAACAAAGAAACCCCAGAUGGAGCUUUUAUAUCGAAAGCACCUGAGCCUGAACCAAGUUCCCCAAGUUUUAAGAAAAAAGGUGUUAACCCAAGAGAAACCUUUGAAGAUCGUUGCCGUCAAAUCUUAGGCAUGGAAAACUAUGGAGACACUCCUGGUGUUUAUAAAAGGAAACCUGAAGAUGUAUCUGAUCAAACUGAGUCAGUUACCGUUAAUGUCACAGAAUUGGAUGUUCAAAUAGAGGACUGUGAAGAUGACGAACCCACUUAUCUAAAUAAUACUAAAGAUUCUGUUAAGCCUCAGAAACAUGAUUUCCCCACUACAUUUGAUAAAUCACAAAAACCAAAAACCCGCAAUACUCUUGAUGAUGAAAUAGUAGAAGAAGUGGAAUGUGUUCGUAAAGAAACCGUUGUACCAUUUAAAAGAAGUUCUCCAGAUACGGAGCCCUUGACUGAAAUUUGUCGUAAAACAACUUUGAUUUCUGAAACCGAUUUAAAUGAAGAAGAAGAUGAACAAACGGUCUCCAAAAAGUCUUCUAAAAUAGUUACUAAAACUUCCAGUCCAUCACCGAAGAAGGUGAAAUCCCAAAAUGAGGAGCCAGAAGAUUCAUCAACCACCGAUUCAGAGUUUCCGGAAAAAGAAACGGACGAAGAGUCUCAACCGGAUACUAUAGUAUCUAAAAGAGAUAUGCAAUAUACAGAAGAAGUAGAAAAUGUCUCGAAUGUGGUUGAGGUUACCAAAAAACGAGUAACGAAAGAAAAACCUUCUAGUCCUAAUAAAAGUCCGACCAGAAAGCCAUCAGAGCCUCAAGUUACUCGUAAAACAUCUCCCGUCAGACAACAUCCUUCUGGCUCUUCCACGAUUACAGAAUUGAAAACAAUCGAAACAAAGACUAAGUCGCUUGAACCGAAUAACCCUUCAAAAAUCAGAAGUGAAACUAAGCCUGUUGACAAGUUAGCGGAGAAACCGGAUAAUCAAAGUAUUGUUGGAAGAGAUAAACCAACAUCUCCAGCGAAGUUGCGGUCAGAACGUAUUCAUAAAGUUGAUACGACUUCCGACAAAGGUCAUCAAAAGCCUACAAAAGAGUCUCCAACUCACACAAUCAAAGACCGCUUACGUUCUGCCACCCGAAAUAGGAAGCCUUCCGAAUCGCAGUCUGAUUCUUCGCCUGAUGUUAGUCCUUCACGGUUUACAGAGCGUAGACGUUCAAGUAAUAUUUCGGUACAUACUGAAAUCAUAAUUGAUCAUUCAGGACCAAAAUCUCCUAAACCUAUUGAAAAGAGCCCUGAGAAACAUACACCACAGACAAAGAAAACCAGUCCGACAGAUAAAACUUCACCAAACGCAAGACCGGUUCGAAGACUUCCUGUAACCGAACGAAAAGAAUCUGCGCCGGUUCCGAGUGUUACUCGUAAAGAAAAGGAUGCAAAAAUGACUAGAUCAACAAGUGAGAAAGUUAUGAAAGUUACUGAUAAACCGGUAAAAGAAACUGUUGUGAAUACAUUGGCACCAAGCCCCACACCGAAAGGCGAUCGUCGUCCUAAUAAGUGCUUCACCACCAAGACCAUAAAUCUCACUACUACAGAUAAACUAAUAAAUAGCGAUGAAAUGGAGAAUGUUAUAAUAGAUAUUCAACAUGCGAAGAGUUCUCGUGAGCCAUCACCAGAUAAAAUUGUCCCUACGCCAGUACCGGUGCAUUUAGAUACGGGUAAGCCUCGUUAUCCCGAUGUUGUACAAGAACCUGAAGAUGAACCACGCAAAAAACCGGUAAUCACAAAUAUACCUAUUUUCGAAGAAGAAUCAAACGAAUAUAUCAAAUGCCAUAUAUCAGAGGUGAAGACAGAUAAGAUUUCGAAAUUGGUGGACUUAGAUGAGAAUGAUAUUCUGGAUAACCCUAUGAUUGAAGCUCCAAAAAGUCUUGACUAUCCGUCUAUCGAUAGACCUGACGAUGACUGCCUUUUGAGCGUUCAUGAGAAGGUUUCCAAGUUCACACAUACAGCUGAAGAGAUUAAGAAACCCAAAGCAUCUAGCCCAUUCAAUAGAGAGUUCGACAAAACACCCAAAGUACCAGAAAACGAUGAAUGCUUAUUGACAGUUGAUGAAAAAGUUAACAAGUUCAUUAAGACAGCAGAAGAGGUAGCGAAACCCAUCACACCUAUACGGGAGGUUGAACGUCCCAGCUACACUGAUUUGGACGAAGAGUUACGAACAGAUGAUUGCACUUUGUCUGUGUCUCAAAAGGUGAAUAAAUUCUUGAGUACUGCAGAAAAAUUGGCUCCAACUGCACCGCAAAGGUCCCCUGAAUUGGUGGCUAAGAUCGAACGGACUAUUUCCAAGCAGAGUGAGCCAGAGUAUCCCGAAGAUCUUAGUGAUGAUGAACUAACGCCUUUUUCGCAUAAUCAUACUCUCGAGAUAGAGAAAAGACGUCAAAAAGACAUACUCUCUCGACCAACUGUAUUUGAAAAUACAACAAAAACUGAUCAGUAUAAUGAUUACUCAGAAGUAAAACUUACUACAACAGAAAAUAAUACCACACUAGAAGAACACGAGGAAGUAAUUCCUCACACAAGAGAUCAUACAACAAAAAUUGAGUUAAAGCGACAAAAAGACAUUUUGUCCAGACCUUCAAUCUAUAAUCAGAAUGUGAAAGGAAGACCACAAUCGCCCAAUAAAAAAGAACCCACUGGUCCAAGCAAGCAUCCAAUAACGAAUCUUAAAACAAAACAGAUGGAAUAUACAACACGGAAAAUAAACAGAGAGGAUAGUGAUAAAAUUGAAAUUAAAAGUGAGCGCAAACCAUCUACUCCACUCUCCAAGCCUGAUAGCCGUAGAACAACAAAACCACAAGCUUCGUCUGUCGCUGUAACCAGAUCUCGUUUUGAGACACCUGAUAUUAAAAGGAAUACACCAAAAUCGCCUGUUGAACCAAAAACCAAUCGAGUCCAUUCACAAAUUAUUACUGGUCGUAAACCAACGAGUGAACCCAAGACGUCUGGUAGAAAACCAUCAUCGGAAUCGAUCACUAACGCUUCUUAUCCAAGCAGAGGUAAACCAACAACUGAGCCUGAUAGUCAUUUUGAUGGCAAGCAACCAUCUACUGAAUUCGAAAUCAACGUCCAUGAUUACGAAACCGUCGAAUCUGAAACAGAGUUCACAUCAACAUCACGCCGCAGAAGUUCAUCCAAAACAAAAGAUUACUUAGAGACGGUACAGACAGAAAUUGAACGGUUUUCUCCUACCCAAAAAGAAUCUCCAACUCGAAAAACUUUCCCGCAGGAAAAGAAAACACCCCAAACUUUCUCACACAGUCCUAUUCAAAAAGAUACAACUAGCACUACCAAUGCUACUCACGUAACCGAGCGCACAAAUAAGCACAAUUCAGAUUGUUCCGAUAUUGAAAUCGUUGAAACUGUUAUAGAGCGCCCCGCACACGUAAAGACACCAACACCUACACCAACAUCCGUUGGUCGUACUCGCAUAACACCAGAUACUGUAGCCGCUCGCCGCAACAUUUUCGAAACCAAUGCCACGCCGAAGGGUCACAGUCCAGGAGAAAGCAACUCGCCCUCACCUGUUGGAAGACGUCCAUCAUAUAUGGAUCACACAGUUAGCUCUUUAGAGCACAUUCGUCGUGAUUCAUUAGAAGUGAAUAAGCAUAACUAUUCACGCAAGUCAUCGGUGGAUUCGGAAAUCAAUUAUGAGCGUCGACCAAAUGCUGCAGUGAAGUUUGAUGUGCCACAUAAACCGCAGCGUACUGCUAGUAUUCCCGAAGAUAUUGAUGUUGAGAAUAUUUUCGAAUUAGAAGUAUUGGAGCGUCUUUUGGAAACUGUAACCUCAUAUGAGCUGAGACGCAGGAUUCGCGCUCAAAUACGUUUGGUUAAGAAAAAUACACUCAACACUAAUGUGGUUGACAAAAGGAAAACCGAAACUAAAGCAUCUAAUUCCAUAAGAUCAACUCACAAAACAUCUACUUACAAAUCAAAUGUGCAUCAUGAAGAAACUGACACCAUUAAUGAAGGCGUAACAACGAAAGUACCAUAUGACAAUAAAGGUAGUCCAAAACGUCCGGUUCAAACAUCAAAGGUGGGUAGGACAACUCAAAAUGUACCGCAAAGAUCCCCAUAUGGUACUGAGGAAAGUCCAAGGUCGUACAAUAAACUGCACCGCGAACAGAACGUUACUACAAAAAGAACAUAUGCUACUAAAACUCCAAAUGGUGGCACUGAAAGCCCUGAACGUCCCAGAAAAUUACCCUUUGAACGCGAUCACAGUCCCGAAACAAAAACUUCGCACGAACAAGUAAAAGAAAUACGUCGUAUAUCUGGUUCUUCGAAGUCCUCACAUAAGGAAUAUGUACAUAGCGAGCAGACGGACUACUCGGAAGAGAAUAUCAAGAGCUCCCGCCGCCACGUUGAGCAGAGUUCUGAACGCUUUGAAAAAGAUCAUAAUCGUGAACGCAAUUCUAGUCCGGAAUCUAAGAGUCCCGUUAGGGACGGCAGACAUAGUCAAGAUAUAAAAAUAAAAACUUUGUCUAGCACACGCACCAGAAGUCCUGAUGACAGAAAGCCAUCAUCGCAACGCACAACCAGUCCGAAAGGAAGAACGCCGAAACAACGUGAUGAAUUAUACAACAUUUCCAAGGUAACGACAGUUAAAACCACACGCUCACCCGAACGUAAAUCUAGUAAGCCGAACGCUGAUGAAAACACACCCAUUUGGGCGGAUCGUAAAAAUCUGCUCAAGAGUCCAAGUAACGCACCACGUAAAGUGACAACUACGCCGUCAACACGAAACACGGCAACGAAGGUCACAACAUCGAAGACAAUCAGUCAACGCCAAACUCAGAAUAGAAACUUUGAAGAAGAUUCAAUCACCUCGAGUUAUGGCAUUGGACCGACAGACGAAAAUGGUUUGCCUUUAUUCGGCAUUAAGGCGUUGAAAAAGAAGAAGCCCAGCCAGCCCUGUGAAGCAACUGAAGAAGUCACAGGCUAUGUGAUCGAGGAGAAGUAUUAUUCAGAUAGUAAAACAAAGCCGAAAGUUGAGCGUAAGGAGUACAUUUAUUCAACAAAUGCCGAUGAACUCGAAGAAAUUACGAAAACUCUUGAGCAAAACCGUAAAUCUUCAGAGGAUAAUGUGGAUGUCAUCAGAAAAGUUGAGAAACUCGAUAAGGAUUACGUUUUUGACAAACCGGAAGCUAUAAUGCCAGACACAGAGGACUUUACUACAACGUCCAGCAAAUAUGUUCGCCGUGGAUCAGUGAAGGAGCUGAGUGAGAAAUUCAUACGAAAAGAGUCUUCACAAUCAGUAACGGAAAAAUCCGGUGGCUACCCGAAGGCCGGUUUGAUUUUACGUACCAGCCGUGGAUCAUCAUCAGAACCAAGUGGAGAUGGUUACGAAAUAACUACUGAAAAAUAUACAACAACAUCGAGCAGUCAUGGUUACCGCGGCGAUUCCGACGAUGAACAAAACGUGCAGCUGCGUCAGAAACAAACACGGCGUAUUCUCACUGACUACGACGAUAACGAAGCCGACCAAUGUCACUUGAGUACUCGUUCAUCGACUAAGUCCACACGCUCGUUCCUUAACAGCAGCGGCGAAACUAAAGUGGUGACCAGCGUGGAUGAUGCGCUGGAGCGUAUGCGUAAUGCAGAUUAUGUUGUAGAGGAAGGCGAUACGGCUGAGGAUCGCGAGGCACGUUCUUUGUUGAAUAAAUUUCUAGGUGCCAGCGUUAUAAUGAAAGGCGUCGAAAGUGUUUUGCCAACAACCAAACAAACAACAACUACUACCAUUACCAAAACUUCAUACGGCGAUGGGGAUGAUGGCGACAGAGACCUACUGAAGAAUAAAGCGGUGAAAACCACUCGCAUAACGAAAACGACCAAGUCUGGAAGCUCUUCAACACCAGUUACCCGUACAACUUGUGAUAUCGAGGAGAUCUGGGACGAAGAAAUCUUAAAGGAAUUGCUUGAACAGGCCACAACAUACGAAGAACGCCGGAAGAUACGCGCGCGUCUACGAGAUUUAAUGGCGGAACGUGAAGAGAAAAAAGAUUUAAAAUCGGGUGAUAUAUCCGAAAACGUUCCAGAAGUCGAUGAAAGCAGUGCUAGUGAGUACGAGGAGAUCAUUGAAGAGGUUACUGUAACCGAUUACAGUGAUGCUGAAGCCGAUCUAGGCGAAGAAGAAGUAUUCAAAUCAAGUCACAACAUAGCUAGUGAAGCUAAAGAGACCACAGAUAAUAUUGAAAAGAAAGAAGAAGAAGAAGAAGCAGAAAACGUUGAUAAAGAAAAAGAUACUAGUGUUACUGAAAAUGUAAAAGAAGAGAAGGUAGAGCAAGUAACUAAAGAAAUUGAAGAAGUAAACUUAGAAGCAAAAGAAAGUGUUGCCACAAAAGAAAUAAACGAAGAAGCUGACGUUGAAAGCGAUAGUAAGAAUUCAAACUCGAACGAAGAGAGUGUAGCUGAAUCGAGUGUCGACAAAACCGACUCGAAAUCCGUCGAUGACGAUAAGGGUGAGUCCCUAGUGCCGCUAUUGCAAGAUAUUUUGCAAAAGAGUUUGCCAAACGCAAUUGCCAACGCACGGAACUUUCAAGAAAGAGCACCGAAUACGGAGCUGAACCUACCUGCAAUCACUAGCACACGUACAAAUAAGGGCUGUAGUAGUAGUAGUAUUAAGAUUAGUGAACAUAGUGAUUUGUGUACUGUUAAUAAUUGCAACAACAAUAACAACACCCACAAUAGCGAAGACAGUAAAAACCACACUGACCACACAAACGUAAACCACACACACAGUGACCCAAAUAUACAACCAACAAGUGCAGAUUGCACGAACUCUGACAAAACCUUAGAUUCAAACUCGUCUGAAACAACAAUGACACGUGACAUUGUAAUGCCAAAAAUCACCGGCAAUAGUGUUAGCGCUUCGCAACAGAAGCAGCUGGAUAGGUUAAGUGUUCCUCAAAAGGAGGACUCAGGUACGGAAAGUGGUGAGGACUUGCGCCUCAUUGCGGCCGGUUUGCGUGAUAGUUUGCAAUUGCAAAGUGAUUCCAAUUUAAUUGAGGAGGUCACAACAGCUCUUACACGUCUCGAGUUGUCACUGAAAGAGGGCAAAAACAUACCGGUUGAUGGUAGUAAACGUGAAGCGUUGUUGGCAUUGGUCGCACGUCUCCAGAACGGUCUCACUUCACGUGAUGCAGCAGUAAAUUUGUCAAAUAUGGCCGAUAAUGGUGGACAGUUUGAUGAGACUUCUUCACCGGAGGGCGACGGACAACGCGCGAAUCGGCAACGUUUUGCUCGACGACGAAAUCGUAACAGCCGCCAUACGGUAGGUGUUAGUCGUGAAGAAUUGGCUGAUGCCCGUCGCUACAUGGAAGAUAUGCAGUUGAUAGACAAUAUAUCAAAUUGCACAACGCCAGAAAGUGGCAUGACAGCAAAUCCACUUACGCCACCACAAUGGUUUCCCAUCGAAAAGAAUCCUUCGUCGGGUGCCAUACUCACGAGCAGCUCGUCUUCUACACUUUACCGCCCGAAUCAAUUUGUGCCGAAUCAACUUAAGAACUCUAUAGUAUGUUUGAAUGGUGAUGCGCAUCCAACCCUUAGAGAAAAUGAUGGCCAAAAGAGCAAACGGCCCUUGUCAGGCAACUUUUCGGUAAGCUUUCAGCCGAAUCCAACCACUAAUGAUUCUGAACCUUUUGUUAAUGACAACCAAGAAGAGCAGAAGGAGUUUUACGCAAAUGGUAAUAUUUCGCCCGACUCUGCCUAUAAGUCUAACCGUUUCUCAAGCAAGAAACAACUUAUGAAACGCGCAAACACCAUCGAUAUACCAAAGACUAAGAAAUAUAACCCAGAUUUUGACACAGAUUCGGAACAAGAAGAGAAAACUCCUCAACUGGGAUUGAAGCGCACUCUGCAAGUUAAUGUCAAACACAAAGUGCGCAACGCUGUGCCGCCUUUCGUGCCGAAGACCGAAAACGAUCACAAAUUUCUAGCCUUCAUCAAUAAGCAAAGCGCUAAGCCUGGACUUGGUUGGACCGGUUCGCGUUCUGUGUCGAAUUGGACCAAUAAAUUCGGUAAUUUAAAGCACACGUUUGAGGUGGGUGCUGCAGCACAGGUCACCACGGGCAAACCACCACAAGCACCUGGACAUGUGCCACACAGCGCAAGUAAGAGUUACUGGCAGAAACAAGUGGCGAACCAAGAACAUAAUCAGAAUCAACAACAACAACAACAACAGUACUUACAAUACCAACAACAACAGAGGCAGCAGCAACAACAACUGGCACAUCAGCACCAGUUGCAGCGUAGUCAGCAUGAGGAGAACGAACGUCUGCGUCGCAUGGAGAGAGAACGCCUCGAGCGUGAACGCAUUGAACGUGAUCGGCAGGAGCGUCAACGUUUAGAGCGCGAGCGUCAGGAACGCGAUCGCCUUGAACGUGAGUUCUACGAGCGAGAAAUAAUGGAACGAGAGCGAUUGGCUGCGGCACAACAUGCUGCCAUGCCGAGCAUGACGGUGCCCAAACCAGCACCGGUGAAUAAAUUCCAGCAUGCGCCUCAAUCCGUUUUUCGACCCAUCGAAAACAACGAUGUACAUGGUCAUAACAUUUUCAAACCCAUACCACAACUGCCACAAAAGUCAAAUACUUGGCAACCACCGUCCAUCACCAAGAAACCCCACUCAGCACCCGUGCAGUUGACACCUGCCUCACCGCAAUUCCUGACCACAAAACCGUCAGUGAAUGGCGCUCAUGUAACAUCACCCUCAUCUACAACUUCAUCGCCCAUUGGUCUGCCUUGGGUUGCGAAGCCCGCAGUAGACAAUAGUGAUUUCAGAAAGAAAGCGCAUACUUUCGAAGAGCGUUCACAAAAUGAUAAUCACCAACAUUCAUAUUUGCAGAGGCAUCAUUCAUUGCGUUCGCCAAAGGUAAGCCAACCACAAAUGGAUGAAUACAAGAAACGUCCCUCGCUGCCAAGCGCAGCCGAUCCAUAUAUGGCUGCACAGAGUCAAUAUGUGCCACAACAGCAACAACCAUCACAAGUUUACGCAUCAACAACUAACAUAUACCCAGCUCCACCACCGCCAACAAAUAUAUCCUUUACAUAUGCCGACUUAGCCCGCACUAAUAACUACAAAAGUUAUCCGUGUCUGCCGUCGGCUAUUGAGACGUCAAUAACUGCGGACUAUGUGCGACAGCGCGAAAGCUCACUGACCGAUCCUCAUGCAACACCACUGGUUUUAACCAGUUCCAAUCCAACCUAUGAGCCGCCUGCAGAAAAUCAAGCAUUCUACAAUGAUGCACCACCACCAAGACAAUUCGAUUAUGCGAGCCCAAUAGAUAGUGCACCAACAAGUCCCAGUAUUUUAGCCAUGCCACAAACUGAUUAUACUGAUGACGAUUUGGACUCGGAUAAUUUAAUGGAAUAUCGUGCCGAAACUCGGGUAAUGGGUAAGCCACAAAGUCAAACUGCAGUUACAAUACGGGACCGUCGAACGGCGCAUGCCAGUGACGAUGAAGUCUUCGGCAAAAACUCACGCAACGCUCAAAACUUAUUGCUUACAAUGAGAAAUAUUGGCAAAAGUGGAAGUAAUAUAGCGAAGGUGAAGAAAGAUCCCGUAAGAAAGGUGGAGUCACCAAAGGUUUGCUUAUCUCCAGAUGGUCGUUCAUAUCAAGCGCCAGUUGUCGAACCAUUAUUUCCUCAAGUUACCAAUUUUGAGCCUAAUCGUAUACCAGAAUAUAAUCAGAAUCCAAUUAAGGCUCCAGCGCAAAGCAAACAAAAGAAACCGAGACCAAAAACACCACCAAAGCCAAGCCAGCAAAUGGAUCGAAGCUUGCAAUUGGCGCGUGCCGAGCAGAAAUACCGAUUAGAGCAGCAAUCGUACAUGGAUAGGACAAAAUAUUCAAAUGAAAAUGAAGCUCCGGCACAACAACAACAAGUACAGUAUCAGACGGUUAAUGUUUCUAACACUUUCGCCACCAACUCAGUGCCAUACACAAGUGAAACACAAACUGCUUAUACGGUAACUUACCCCACCGAAGCCGUCCAAGAAAAUCAAUAUAGUAAGCAACACCCGAAUGCUUUACCUCUGCAGCGAAAUCGCAAUUCCUCCGAGAAUUCAUCAGCUAGUUCGUCAAUGUCACAUAACUUACCUUCACCAGGUACAAGUUGGACGCCUAAUCCUAUUCACACGGUUGAUGAAAUUUUGCCACAAUCCAAGCAAUCGAGGAAAACUGUGGAUGUCAAAAACUUACAGUCAAACACCUAUAACCCACAAGCAUAUGUGGCCCCGCAGACACAACCCAUGUCACAAAGCAACUUACAGGGUCCAACACAGCCAAAACCCCAAGUGGCCCCCAAGCCUACGGUAAAAGGUGCACAAAAUGCACCACUGUCAGAAUCACAUCCAAAUUACCAACCACAAUAUGCUCAUACACCCAACCAGAAACCUCCACCCCAGCCAUUACAAACAAAAUUGCCAGCACAAGAAAGACCACAGCAGCUACCGCUACAAACCACGCAACCCAGAGCUAAACCCACUCCCAAAUUGACCACACGUAGUCAGACAUUGUCGUCAUCAUCACAAAGCCAAACCUCGGAACAACACUACGCGUAUCAGCCAAUACAGGCGGCUCCAAAAACGCGUGGUUUCGACGCAGCAAUGACGCCUUUGCAAGCGCAGAAUCGCGUGCUCUCACAACAGUCCCUAGUGUCUAGUAAGCAGCACCAGUUCGACCAUAAACAGGAAGAGCAGCUGCAGUUGAAUGAACUGCGUCGCAAAAGUCUUGGCAAUGUCUACGACGUACAGCAGCAGCAACGCAAAGCCGCCUACAUAUCGGAGUCAAAGACAAUAGUUAAACAGGAGUAUAAGUCAUCGGCGCCAGCAGACACGCCAGACAUCGUAAAGUCAUCACUGCCCAAGGAGGAUAUGCCCAUACUGAAAAAAUUCGGUCCACCACAACGCCACCAUUACAUGCCCAAUUCAUAUCAGAGUCCCACAGCUAAUACGCAAACCCAAAAGUUCGAAAGCAGCACUAAAGUGAUAAAGAAUACGCAACAUCAGAUUGUUCAGCACUCAACGCUAACGAAGAAACCCUCUAUUGUGGAAAUCCCGGCCACACCGCAGCCGGAUGAAGAUCUCAUACCGCGCAAUAUUGUUUUUAACAAUAUCAGCGCAUUCACAUCCAUGUCCCGUCGCCAGGAAGAUCAUGAGCACGCGCAUUUUGACGCACAUCCGCGGACGAAUCGUUUGAGCAAGAGUGAUUCGUGGAAUCAGAUUGUACAAAUGCAAAAUCAAGCGAACAUCCAGCAACCGGCGACGUCGCCGAAGUUCGGCAACAGCGCUGGAGGUAGCGAACUGCGACGCACCAAAUCCGGGCACACUUUGAACGUGCGCAUGUAUGAGGCGGGCAUAGAUAAGACGGAGGUCGGUGAGAAACAGCGCACCGUGGCGGCUUACUUCACAGGCAAAAAAUCGCCAAAUCAACUUGGUGGUGGCGAAGCAGUGGAAAUGCGUUCAGCAAUAACAACUGCAACAACGUCCACCGCAGCGACGGGAGCAAAGAAGUCGACUAUUAAUCGUCACAAAACCAGUGAAAAGAUUUCGGCCAGUCGCAAAUCGUUGACUGCAGUGACCAGUAACGGUAUGCCAGCGACUGCAGCAACUGUAUUGGGCGGUGGGUUGACACGUAGCGCAACAAUGCCGCAUAUAGCUAGUUUGAAUCUGCUCGACGAGAGCAACGUUGAAGACGCAUUCGAACAGCUGAUGAUGGGCUCUACACUAAUAUAUUUGAAUGCACGAAAUGGCCCAGUGACCGUUGGAACCCCACUAAGGCCCACUUGGGUCAUUAGCGCUUGCGUUAAUGCAAUGAUGUCGAAAUUGACGGAAUGCCUGCCAGAAAAAUUGCGCCCAGCGGCAUAUGUUAGAUCAACAGCUUCAUUUAAUGCAACAGGCCACGCCGUUUAUCUUGAAGACGAUAUGUUUGAGCAACAAGCUACAUCCACCACUGAGAAAACAGAAACAAAGGAAAAGGAUGGCGCCGUUGUAACCACAACAACAAAAGUUACAACACGCACAGUUACUGGCGCUGGCAGCACUGCAGCGAAGCCAGUUUCACCGUUUGCGAAAUUCCGUCAGCUGGACAAACAAAACUCACAACAAUCUCCAAAAUCACCGUCAACACCCACCACCCCCGGGGGCACAGCCUCACCUUCUGGCUCCGCACGUAUAUUCCAAUUUACUGAUCCGGCAUUAAAUGCACGCGCCGCCACUGUGAAGGAGCAACUUCUGCAGUGGUGCCAAUCGAAAACACAGGAAUAUGAGAACGUCCAAAUAAGCAACUUUAGUGCCAGCUGGUCAGAUGGUUUAGCAUUUUGUGCGCUAAUACAUCAUUUCUUGCCAGAUGCCUUCGAUUAUAGUAAAUUAACACCUCAAAACCGAAGACACAAUUUUGAAUUAGCUUUCACUGUGGCCGAUGAGAAAGCUGGCAUAGCGCCACUACUCGAUGUCGAGGAUAUGGUAGAGAUGAAACGACCUGACUGGAAGUGUGUUUUCAUCUACGUGCAAAGCAUCUACCGUCGCUUCCGUAAUUGCCAGUAAAUGCGGCGCAAGCGAUUUAAAAAUCAAACGAAACAACACCUUCGACAUCCAGAACUCUAAAUCCGGUCACUACCACAAAUAAUCCACUCAUACUAAUCCACCAUUGCCAUGUCAACGCACACCCAAAGUGUUGACUGUACUAAAAUCAGCCGAAAUAAAUGGUUAGGGCUCUACGAGCGUUUACAAGGUUUAAAUAUUUUCACUAAAUCGUGUUGAACUAAAAGAAAAAAAUAAUUGCUGUAAAAAUUUAAACAUUUUAUUUAUUGGUUAUAUAAAUGUUAACAGUAAAAAAUGCAAGCCAUAAACCAUUUUUACUACUUUGUCUGAUCUGGUUCGUGCGUAGUUGCAGCCACAGUGCUUUUGUACUUUACAGCUACGCACAACAAUAAUGCAUCUAAUUAGGCAUUAGCGACUUUGUCUAAGAAUUUACUAUGUAUGUCUACAUUUCUAUUUAACACUCAAUUGUUGUUGGCACAGAAAAGCGUGAAAUUGUAAAAAAAGAAGUCUUCUUAAUUGCAAAAUGUUAAAGGAGCAAACUAUGUUAUUGAUACUAAAUAUAUUAUAUUUACUUUUAUAUGUAUGUGCACACAUACUAAGAACCUUAUGAAUAAUACAUUUGACUAAAUACAUACGUACGUUUCGAUAUACUCCAAGCGGAACCAUGCCUACUACAUACAAUAUAUGCUAACAUUAUGUUUACUUCAAUAAAUAUACACACACCCAAACACAUAUAUAAGUACA